UAUCAGCAAGCACCACAGCAGGCAAACAAUGGUGCGCCAGUCGAGAAAGGUGGUUUCGAGCAAUUUGCCAAUGCGUACGGGCUGAUUGGAUUCCCUUUGCGGAAAAGCACGGUGGCGUCGUAUAAAAGGAGCGAGAAAAAAGUCCGGGAACAACUGCUCAAAAGGAUGAGAGUUCAACAGAUAGCAAGCGGAGGACAUGCUCUGUGGACCAUGUUCCCGAAGGAAUGCUCCAAGUUCGACCCUGGUCCAAUCCAAUUUUGGUACGCACGUGGCGAUGGCCAAAGCGACGUCGGAACACCUAAUUAUAUGAGUUUCAAUCACUAG